AUGUAUAAGGAUGAUGGGGUCAUUAUAUCACAAAGAAAGUUUAUGUUAGAUCUGCUGAAGAAGUGCAAUAGUCUGGAACACAAGGCUUGCUCUUCACCUUUAGAUCCCACUAUAAAGCUGAAAGCCAAGGAAGGGGCAAUACUGCAGGAUCCCACUUACUAUAGAAAAUUAGUAGGCAAGUUAAACUUCUUAACCAAUACCAGAUUGGACAUAGCGUACAGUGUUCAACACUUAAGCCAGUUCAUGCAGGAGCCCAGGGAACCUUACCUAAAAGCACCAUUUCACUUGUUAAGAUACCUAAAAAAUGAUCCUACCUUGGGAAUUUUUAUGUCAAAGGAUGGGGAUCACACAGUUAAGGCAUAUUGUGACUCUGAUUGGGCAUCCUGCCCGGUUUCUAGGAGGUCCAUCACAGGCUAUCUGGUUCUACAAGGUAACAAUCCUAUUAGGUUGAAGUCUAAGAAACAAGAGACUAUAUCACUCUCUUCUGCAGAAGCAAAAUACAGAGCUUUGAGGAAAGUUGUGGGAGAACUGGUAUGGCUAAGUAGAUUGUUUGAAGAACUACCUGUUCCACUUUCCUUGCCCAUUUCAGUCUUUUGUGAUAGCCAAUCUGCUUUGCAAAUUGCAAAGAACCCAGUAUUACACGGGACGACCAAGCACAUAGAGGUAGACUGUCACUUUGUGCGCGAUCAACUACAAGCAGGCUUAAUUUCUCUCCAUCAUAUCAGAACAGACAACCAGCUCGCAGAUAUCAUAACUAAAGACUUGACUGGGAUCAAACACAGUGCUACAUUGGGCAAGUUUGUUGUGUUCACCACACCUUCAACUUGA